GCGGCCAUGACGGGCGACGGCACGGGCGGGGGGGCGCACGAGCCCGGCGCGGGGGGCGGCGGGGGCGGGACCCUGGGCGUCCGCUGGGGCAACGUUCUUUCCGACAAGGAGGAGCUGAUGGACACGCUGGACGACGAGAAGGACGACGGGGCGGGAGGCCGCAUGUCGGCGGCGGGCCUGGGCCGCAUGCAGAGCCGCUCCAUGACCUCGCUGCCGCCGGAGCCCUUCAUGAUCAUGCGGUCGAAGGCGCUCAACCGCCGCGUGCAGCUCAACGUGGGCGGUGUGCGGCACGAGGUGCUGUGGAGGACGCUAGAGCGGCUGCCGCACACCCGCCUGGGCCGCCUGCGGGAGUGCAACACGCACGAGGCCAUCAUGGAGCUGUGCGACGACUACUCGCUCAUCGACAACGAAUACUUCUUCGACCGGCACCCGCGCUCCUUCUCCUCCAUUCUCAACUUCUACCGCACCGGCAAGCUCCACCUGGUGGAGGAGAUGUGUGUGCUCGCCUUCUCCGACGACCUCGAGUACUGGGGCAUCGACGAGCUCUACCUGGAGUCCUGCUGCCAGCACAAGUACCACCAGCGCAAGGAGCACGUCCACGAGGAGAUGCGCAAGGAGGCCGAGUCGCUAAGGCAGCGCGAGGAGGAGGACUUCGGCGACGGAUGGUGCGCGCCCUACCAGAAGUUCCUGUGGGACCUCCUGGAGAAGCCACAGACGUCCCUCGCGGCCCGGGUGCUGGCUGUGAUCUCCGUGAUCUUCAUCGUCAUGUCCACGCUCGCUCUCGUGCUCAACACUGUGCCGAGCUUUCAGGGUCCGGAGCAAGGAGACAAUGAGAAACUGGCCAUGGUGGAGGCCGUUUGUAUCACAUGGUUCACACUCGAGUAUCUUCUGCGGUUCUCCGCAAGCCCCAACAAGUGGAAAUUCUUUAAAGGGGCAAUGAACGUUAUAGACUUACUCGCCAUCCUCCCUUACUUUGUUUCCUUGUUCCUUAUAGAAUCCAACAAACACACAGACCAGUUCCAGGAUGUGAGAAGAAUUGUUCAAAUCUUCAGAAUCAUGAGAAUUCUCAGAAUCCUUAAGCUAGCCCGACAUUCGACGGGUCUUCAAAGUUUGGGUUUCACACUGAAAAAUUCAUAUAAGGAAUUAGGUUUGUUGAUGUUGUUUUUAGCUAUGGGCGUGUUAAUCUUUUCGAGUCUCUGCUACUUUGCGGAAAAAGACGAAAAUCCUGUGUACAAAAGUAUCCCAGAGACUUUCUGGUGGGCGGGUAUUACCAUGACGACGGUAGGGUACGGAGACAUGUAUCCUAUCACACCCCUGGGCAAGGUCAUUGGGUCCGUGUGUUGUAUCUGUGGUGUGCUGGUCAUUGCGCUGCCUAUUCCCAUCAUCGUCAACAACUUCGCCGAGUUCUACAAGAAUCAGAUGCGACGCGAGAAGGCCCUCAAACGCCGCGAGGCCCUCGAGAGAGCCAAGCGGGAAGGAUCCAUCGUCUCCUUCCACCACGUGAACCUCCGCGACGCCAUCGCCAAGUCCAUGGACCUCGUGGACGUCAUCGUGGACACAGGUCACAACAUGUCCCAGGCAGAUGCCAAUUCGGUGGCAGGGGAAUCCAUGCGUGCUGGCCAGACCGGCACGGGAUGUUACAAAAACCACGAACACCACAUGGGUCGCCUGCAGAAGGAGGCUCGGCAGGGGGCGGGCGUGAACGCCGCCGCCCCUGCGUCGAACAUUCUCGAUAUCCCGGCCACCGAAGAGACGAGGCCGCCGGGCUCCCCCGAUUACCAGACGCCGGAGUUGAAGAGAAAGGAACGCCAGCUUCUAGCACUCGGAGACACAGUCAAUGAGCUUGAUUGUUGUUUUUGCACAGUUAAGGACUACAAGGAGUUCAUAGAUGCGGAAUGCCUGGUGCCGGCGCCCGUGACCGAGGCCCCACACCACAUAGAGCUCCGGCCUCUCAAGACGGAGGACGGAGGAGGAGCGUCGGGGGGCUGCACCGUCGACCUCGCUUCCAUGGACUCCACUGACACCUUCGCCUCGUGUCCCACCCACCCCUUCAACUCUCAGGCGGACCUUACCGACGACCCGCCCAAUAACAAAGAUUCGAACCUGUACGUCAACCCUCUGGAUGCCGACGGCUACCAGUCUCCCUCUUCCACGACCGCUGCUGCUGCGCCUUCAACUGCCACCGCGGCCGUGGGGCCUCGCACGCCCACGCCCAGAUCGUCGCCUCGCCACCGCGUGAUCCACCGCCCGCAGGCCUACACCACUGACUCCUUCGACGACACCCGCAGCACCGACAACCUCCUCGGAAGCAGCCGGUCCUCGCUGCAGGACUCGCCGCUGCCCAAACACCGCCGCGCGCGCUUCCAGGAGGAGAAGCCGCGUCCGUUCAGCCGUCUGCUGGAGUCUGUGGAGCGGGCCAGGGCUGCGAGGGAAGGUUCAUCUGCCGACAAGGCCAACAAGAUCACCAACAGAGGUCGUAGCGGUAGCAAAUCAUCGCUAGGCGGAGACUCGCUGGACUCGCGGCGCUCCCACGGCUCGCCCGAGCGGCGGAAGUCCAUCCUCAAGCACCGGGACCCUGAGACCGAGCAGCUGCUGCCUGACCUCACCUUCGAGCCUCCUCCGCCGCCGGCAGGGGACCAUGACAAGCUAGGGCGCCCCUCCCUCAAGGGCAUCGGGCCCAGGGCGGGCGGAAAGCCUCACGCCCUCCCCGUCAAGUUCGUGGGCGUGGACGAGGAGGAGGACAGCAACCGCCCGCGCCGCACCCUGCCCCGCUCGCCCAUGCCACGGAGACACCCGCAGCGAGCGCCUCUGGCGGACUUGCUGGCGGACUUCGCGGGGCAGGAGAAGGCGGCGCGGGACGAGGCUACGCCCGAGAACAUUCUCAAGGACUCGCUUGAGCCCAAACUGGCGGCGACUCUCGACCAGCGCAACGCCAACCUGGUGCUACGCUGCUCCAAGGCGCCCUGCCUGUACAACCAACCUGCCUCCACCUCGCCCAUGGCCACGUCUCCUGACGAGGUUGGCGAGCCGCGACUCUGCCUGUGCGGGGCGCCCAUGACGCGCGUGGCAGCGCCCGCCCACGCCACCUCCGCGCCCUCCAAUGCCCUCCCGAACGCCCGCCCAGUCACCGAGAACUGCCUCAUGAUGGACGACCUCAACAACGGCCCGGCCACGCUGCGCGACAUCGACGACUUGCUGUUUGCGGACCACACGCCCACCGAGGAGACGCACCUUCUGGACCGCUCGCUCUCCAUCCCUCACAACGCCUCCGGCCUCAACACCUAGCUGUUGCUUCGCCUUCGUGGAAGGACACCCCGGCCUUCCAAUGAAAGGGCUGGAAAGAGACGCGAGACUAAGUGGAGGAUUGAUCUAGGUCAUCCAUCCACGAACCCUGCGACGAUGCUGCAGACAAUUCACGAGGGGGAAUCACCAUCAAGCACCUGAAAGCGAGUGAAGACAAGGCUCUCUUCCGCCAAACGCCAAAGGUUCGCCAAAUAGGAACGUGUUUUCGCGUGAGGAAUCCGCCACAAGCGUCGUCGUCGCCGAGGCCAGUUACUCCAAUAACAAUGAGGCGUAUCUCUUCAUGCGGGAGCGAGAUUGGCUUCUUCCUAGCAAUAAAAUCACUAAAUACUUAAAUAAUUGCUCAUCUCGUUGUUGAAAAAGGUUCGAUUUUUUUUAUUGAUGUAUGUAAUUAAUUAUUUAGUAUAUCCCAGAAAAAGCCAUAAGAAAGCGGACAAAACUAAUGUUAAGAAGCUUUCGGAGGAGAGUGGGCCAACUGCCCCUCCCUCUUGGGCUGGGAGGAUGGCGUCGUUUGGGAAUCAGCAGUAAGCUCUGUGCAAACAAACCGUCUGUUUCAAAAUGUUACACUUAUCCAUACAAACAGUUAGGAAACCAAGCCUUAUAAACCAGCGAGUGGGCAGUUGUCUUUGGUAGGUCUGCCUGACACCAACAGUAUUGCAGUUAAAGUAAGUUGAAAUGGCCCUCGGAUCGCUCUGGAGGGGAGUUCUCGGGGUCCCUCCAGUUCGAAUGAAAAAGAAGCGAAAUAUCAAAGUACCUCUUAGCAAUGAUAAAGAAAAAAUGCUUUUGUAACAAAAUUUAUUCCCCUUAUCUUGUCAAGACUUCGUCCAUUGCGUCCCUUUUAUGGGUGUUUUUGUACCGAAGCUUAAAAACAUUGGCAGAAACUAAUUCGGAUUUUGGGGGUUAAAAAGCUAUACAAAAAGUAAAUUAAUCUCUGUGGAGCCGCUUGCGAUACCGAUGGUCACUUGUAGGUCCUAGUAAAAAGUUGUUACAUGUAGUACCGUAGAGGCGACGCCACCGUGAUAAAAACUAGAAAUUACCAGCUUUGUGCGCCUACAAGCCAUUCCGCCAGUCAGCCAAGCAGCCAGCCAGCCAGCGCCUAGCCUUCCGUGUCUGUAAAACUCCGCUAUUCGCACCAAGAAAUAGACAGUAUGGCUAUCGCAUGGAGCGCCCUCCGUAAGGUUCUGCGCCGCCAGAAAAGGGGAAAUACUCAUCUUGCCUUCGUUAGAUGAUAAACAAAAAUACUCAAGAUUAAGCUAGCCUGGCCUAGGCAGCCCGAUAACAGAUAAAAAGGAAAAGUCGUCGAUAAGAACAAUAUUUAUCCAGUAAUUACUAAAAUACCAAGCUAGAUCAAAAUAUUUUUCUUCGCUUUGCUUUCUCUCUCUCUCUCUCUCUCUCUCUCUCUCUCUCUCUCUCUCUCUCU